AUGGCUAAACACCAGCCACUCUUCUUGGAGGACCACGGCAGCGGGUCUGUUUUACCUUCUCAUUUUGCUGUAGGCCAUAGAUCUCCACCAGCAAGAAGUGGCCAUCGUUGCGUGGCAGAUAAUGCCAACUUGUAUGUGUUUGGAGGCUACAAUCCUGACUAUGAUGAGUCCGGUGGGCCAGAGAAUGAAGACUACCCACUCUUCAGGGAACUCUGGCGGUACAACUUUGCUACAGACACCUGGCAUCAAAUGGGCACUGAAGGCUACAUGCCCAGGGAACUAGCCUCCAUGUCACUUGUAUUGCAUGGCAACAACCUGCUUGUGUUUGGGGGCACCGGGAUCCCCUUUGGGGAGAGCAAUGGCAACGAUGUCCAUGUCUGCAACGUCAAGUACAAAAGAUGGGCUCUGCUCAGCUGCCGAGGAAAGAAACCCAAUCGAAUCUAUGGCCAGGCCAUGGCCAUCAUCAAUGGUUGUCUCUACGUGUUUGGAGGAACAACUGGUUACAUUUACAGUACUGACCUACAUAAGCUAGACCUCAACACUAGAGAGUGGGUCCAGCUGAAACCAAACAAUAUGUCCUGUGACAUGCCAGAGGAGAGGUACAGACAUGAAAUCGCACACGAUGGUCAACGGAUUUAUAUCUUGGGAGGUGGAACUUCCUGGACAGCUUAUUCCUUAGACAAGAUCCAUGCGUACAACCUUGAAACCAACACCUGGGAGGAAAUUGCCACAAAACCUCAUGAAAAAGUUGGCUUCCCAGCAGCCAGAAGAUGCCAUAGCUGCGUUCAGAUAAAAAAUGAUGUGUUCGUUUGUGGAGGCUAUAACGGAGAAGUGAUUCUGGGAGAUGUUUGGAAGCUGAAUCUGCAAACUUUCCAGUGGGUCAAGCUCCCAGCUGCCAUGCCAGAACCAGUGUAUUUUCACUGUGCUGCUGUCACACCAGCCGGCUGCAUGUAUGUUCACGGAGGGGUGGUCAACAUCCAUGAAAACAAACGGACUGGCUCUCUGUUUAAAAUGUGGCUGGUAGUACCCAGCCUGCUGGAACUGUCGUGGGAGAAGCUCCUGGAAUAUUUCCCUCAUCUAGCAAGUCUCUCCAGAUCUCAGCUUUUGCACCUUGGACUGACGCAGGGACUCGUUGAGCGGCUAAAAUGAGAACAUCUCAUGUUUCUGUCCAAGACACACUACGUUCAAGAAGCCCCCUCCCACCCUCUAUUUAUGGAUACCGUGGAUGAUCUUGCUUAAGAACAUGGAGGAACCCGCUCAACGCCUUACUCAGCAAAUACAUCGAUGCCUUUCUAGAAAUUUUUACUUUAAGUUGUUGAAAAUCCACUUUUUAUUUAUGGAUCUCUAAAUUACACCAUUAAUCAAAAAU